AUGGAAGUGGAGUGCAAAGUCGCACCUCCCUCCAGAAGAGAGGCUCUGUGUCAAGGGUUUCUUUCACGGUUUUUAAGUGCAUCUGGACGAUUCACUCGCUUCAAUGCUUUUCUCCACUCUGAAGCAGACGGAGCAUGCGGCGCCGGAUCGAACGGGGGUACUUUGUACCUUUUGGACGACCGAGACCGCCCAUUCUCAUGCAUCAUCAUUGGCCCCAACGAUGUCAUUCGUGAGAGCGCGAAUGCUGCCAACGCCUUCUCCAUUUCCAGAAGGGGAGGCGAAAAAACCGUCUUGAAGGCACCCUCAGAAGCGGAGAAAAAGAAGUGGAUGCAAAUUAUCGCAACAAUAAUAAAGUCGGGUGAUGAUUCUUUUGCCGCCUCCACGGAUGAUGAUUCUUCUCACAAGACUUUGCCAUCAUCCAAUUCUGUGGGGGUGGAAGUUAACGUGAGCCACACUGCACCAUCACUUUCCUUAUCGCCGAAGAUGAGUGAUGUCGUAGCCGAGUCCGCUUCUGUAAUGAAGGGCGUGUUAUUAAAAAAGGAUGGUCGUAUCGGUCGCUAUGCCCAACGAUGGUUUGAACUGAGAAAAGGCGAAGGUCUCUUUUACGCGGCACAUAAACAUUCUCCUCCAAAGUCGUUUCGGUGUGUGCCUUUACAAGGUUUAUUGGUAGUGUUUGUAGAAAACAAGAGAAAAAUUAUCAUCCCACAGUCUGCGUCGCGUAGGUGGAAGAUGACCCUUAAAUGCCUCGACGCUGAUGAAUUUGCGAGGUGGCGUGGGGCCAUCCAAUUGGAGAUUUCGUGUCUUCUCCCAACGAAAAAUGACAAUGAGUCGGUUUUAACUACUGCACAGACGCUUACGAAUACUCCCCUGGGAAUUCCUGGGAAAAUGCCCACAGCUCUUAGCAACUGCCUUGGGGGCGACACCGCCUUCCCCUUCUCCUUAACGAGUCCGUGGGAAAAUUCAGCCGCUUUGAUGGGCAUUGCGCCUGGGGAGGGGACGUUGGGUCAAGUGGCGGACGCGGCGACGAUACUUAGUGCAACGGAGUUGUUAGAACUUGAGGAUUUGCAGAGUGAUACCCCAUGCGAUUGCACGAAGAGCACGGAAGUAUAUUUAGAAUCCAUCGGGGAGAAAUACAAGCCAGUGAAGAAUACUGCUGGCAUGGAGGCGGAUCUGCAGAAGUACUACGCUGAGUGUCUCCCGUAUGGAUUUAAAGCAACGCUUCAGCGAUUGUGGGAACGACUUUUUUUGCCUAUCCGAGAGCCCUACGAAUCGGUAAACGAACAUCUGGUCCUACUGGAUCUGGACGUUGAACGUGUCCGUGAGUGCUUAAAAAAUACUUUACUUCUCUAUGGUGAGGAGAUGGCUUUACGGGGCGCGGUGGAAGAAUUGGACUACAUAUUGCGUGUUUACAAGUUUGUACGGGAGCAACUUUCCAUUCGUUUGGAAAUCGCUGCAUUCCGUGAGCACCCCAAUCAAAGUGGGCUUCCGCUUGGCGUGAAUGGCACCAUUGAUAGGAUAAACAAACUACUGGGCUUUAAUACUUCUUCGGCAUCUCACUAUGAUGAAGUGUUGGAAACGUGGAAAACCGUGUUCCAGGCACUGCAAACAUUCCGUUUGGAGUUUGAUGUUUUUGACGAGAGUGAGGAAACCAUCUUGAUGUUGGAAGAUGCACUCAAUAAGAUUUACCUCUGGCUGCAGCAAAAUCCCGUUGAAUUAGUUUGCGUGGAAAAGGAACUGCGGUGA